GCCUGACAGCAGCAGCUGCAGCGGCAGCAGCUGCCACCAACGCCGCCAUAGCAGAAGCAAUGAAAGUGAAAAAAAUUAAAUUGGAAGCUAUGUCCAACUAUCAUGCAAAUAAUAACCAGCAUGGAGCAGACUCUGAAAAUGGAGAUCUGAAUUCAAGUGUCGGCAGCAGUGAUGGUUCUUGGGAUAAGGAAAAACUCCAGUCUCCCCCCACCCAAGGAUCACAGGCCUCUGUUAACCACCCCAACUUGCCUGGACAGCAUAAUGUUCCAGUUAGCCAUCCUCUCAACCCUCUUCAACAGAACCACCUUCUGCCAAAUGGAUUGGAACUUCCUUUUAUGAUGAUGCCCCACCCGUUAAUUCCUGUGAGCCUACCUCCAGCAUCUGUCACGAUGGCAAUGAGCCAGAUGAAUCACCUUAGUACCAUCGCCAACAUGGCGGCAGCAGCACAAGUGCAGAGUCCUCCAUCCAGAGUUGAGACAUCUGUUAUUAAGGAACGUGUUCCAGACAGCCCUUCUCCUGCUCCUUCUCUUGAAGAGGGCCGAAGACCUGGCAGCCAUCCAUCUUCUCACCGAAGCAGCAGUGUGUCCAGCUCUCCUGCACGGACCGAGAGUUCUUCAGACAGAAUCCCUGUCCAUCAGAACGGGCUAUCUAUGAACCAAAUGCUGAUGGGUUUGUCACCUAAUGUCCUGCCUGGACCUAAGGAGGGUGAUCUGGCUGGUCAUGACGUGGGACAUGAGACAAAAAGAAUACACAUUGAGAAAGAUGAGACCCCGCUCUCCACACCAACCGCAAGAGACAGCCUUGACAAACUUUCUCUAACUGGGCAUGGGCAGCCACUACCUCCGGGUUUUCCAUCUCCUUUUCUAUUCCCUGAUGGAUUGUCCUCCAUAGAGACCCUUCUGACUAACAUCCAGGGUCUACUAAAGGUUGCUAUAGACAAUGCCAGAGCUCAAGAGAAACAGGUCCAACUGGAAAAGACAGAGCUGAAGAUGGAGCUCUUCAGGGAACGAGAACUGAGGGAAACUCUUGAAAAACAGUUGGCUGUGGAGCAGAAGAACAGAGCAAUAAUUCAGAAGAGGCUAAAGAAGGAAAAGAAGGCAAAAAGGAAAUUGCAGGAAGCACUUGAAUUUGAGACUAAACGACGGGAGCAAGCAGAACAGACACUGAAACAGGCAGCUUCAACAGAUAGUCUCAGGGUCCUAAAUGACUCUCUGACCCCAGAGAUAGAAGCUGACCGCAGCGGGGGCAGAACAGAUGCUGAAAGGACAAUACAAGAUGGAAGACUUUAUUUGAAAACUACUGUCAUGUAUUGAAUUUUUCUUUUUUUUUCUGCUGAAGAUACCUGUGCUACGAUAAAGAACUUUGCAGUAAGACAUUGGCUCAUAAGGAGUUCUGUGGAAAGAAAGCAUUUUCAAGCCAACUUCCUCAACUUCAUUUAUCAAUGUUCUUCAAAAAUGUAAAGAAUUCUGCAAGAGUGUCCUCCUUUGGUUAUCUCCUGUGGCUCAACCUGGAGAUCUAGAGAAUGUUUGUAAAUGUACAGUAGCACUCUUCUCACAGUGAAAAUCUGCAUCUCUGCGCCGGACUAUUGUAUCCAAAAUUACAGGCGGGUCAGAACAAGGCUGAGUAUUCCCUUUUUCAAGGAAUGCAGACUCUGUCCUCCUCUGAUGAUUCGAUAUUUGAGCACAUCAAACGAUCCUUCCAGCGGUGUCCAAGUACACUUACAGACUGUUAUAUCAUACCGAAACCAGCAAGACAGCUCAGAAAUGAACUUGUAGAGGGCAUAAAAGGAUUCUUAUUUAAAAAAAAAAAAAAAGAAAAAAA